AUGGAGUAGAAGACAGAGAAGUGGAGCUUGUGUAGCAAAGAGAGACCAAGGGACAAGCAGAGGAACAUCGUGUGAAGACGGGCCUCUUCGGGCUCUGAGGGAAGCAUCCAAAGCCAGCUGGUCUGGCUUUGAGCUAAAUUAAUGCACAGAGUGAAACAAAGGCAGCCGAAAGAAGAGGAAGUGCUGUAGACAGAAAGGAAGGAAGAAACAUGUAGGGGGGUGUAAUAGAGAAUGAAACAGCAGGUUCUGUGAACAACAACGACAAACAGAUUGUGGUGUUGAAGAGCACAUUGCGAAGAAGGACCAGCGUAUACAAGAAGAGAGACUGUUGCACAAUGUGCUAGGAGAGUGCGGGAAGAAAUCGUGUUGUUUUUCUGAUAUUGUCGAGGUGUCAGAGAGACCAGAAAGGACACAGCCAUGGGGCGGAAGAAGAUACAGAUCACCAGGAUCAUGGAUGAGAGGAACAGGCAGGUUACCUUCACAAAGAGGAAGUUUGGACUGAUGAAAAAGGCCUACGAGCUGAGCGUACUAUGUGACUGUGAGAUAGCUCUCAUCAUUUUCAACAGCACUAACAAACUGUUCCAGUACGCCAGCACAGACAUGGACAAAGUGUUGCUGAAAUACACAGAGUACAACGAGCCCCAUGAGAGCAGAACCAACUGUGACAUUGUGGAGGCGCUAAACAAGAAAGAACACAGAGGUUGUGAUAGCCCGGACCCCGAUGCCUCAUAUGUCCUCACUCCUCACACAGAAGAAAAGUAUAAAAAAAUUAAUGAGGAGUUUGAUAAUAUGAUGAGAAAUCAUAAAAUCCCCACAGCAUUGCCUCAGCAGAACUUCUCCAUGCAUGUGGCUGUGCCUGUAUCCAACCCGAAUGCCAUGUACCAGCCAGGAGGGACUCUGGGCAGCCAGGCCCUGGCAGCAGCCGCGGCCUCCCUGAGUGACAGCGGGAUGCUGUCCGCUCCACAGGCCUCUCUGCACAGGCAUGUGGGCUCAAGUGGAGGACAACAGAGGCCCACCAGUGCAGGGAACGGUUUUGUUAACCCCAGAGGCUCUCCAGGCGUCCUCAGCACACCCAGCGGCAAUGGCCUGGGGAAAGUCAUGCCCACCAAGUCUCCACCACCACCUGGAGGGAACAUGGGAAUGGGAGGCCGCAAGCCAGACCUACGGGUUGUUAUCCCUCCAUCGAGCAAAGGGAUGAUGCCCCCACUGUCGGAGGAGGAGGAAAUGGAUUUGAACAACCAAAGGAUAAGCAGCUCCCACUCCAGCCAGCCACUGGCCACUCCAGUCGUGUCUGUCACCACCCCCAGCUUACCCCCACAGGGACUGGUCUACUCCGCCAUACCCACCUCCUACAACCCAGCUGAGUUCUCCCUGAGCAGUGCGGAGAUCUCUUCCCUACAGGGCUUCAGCUCUCCUGGGCUCUCACUGGGCUCCAUGUCGGCAUGGCAACAGCAUCAACUGGGCCAGGCAGCUCUUAAUUCUUUGGUUGGUGGAGGUCACCUACCUCAGGGCUCCAACCUCUCCAUCAACACCAGCCAGAGCAUAAACAUCAAGUCCGAGCCCAUUUCGCCGCCACGGGAGCGUGUCCCCCCAUCUUGCUUUCCCCAUCAGCAGCUGCAGCAAGGGUCCAGCCGACAGGAAAUCCUGGGACGUUCACCCGCUGACAGCCUCAGCUCCUCCUGUAGCUCUUACGACGGCAGCGAUCGCGAGGACCACCGGCCAGACUUCCACUCCCCGUUGUGUCUGGGCAGGCCCCCUGCUGGCUCUGAGGACAGGGAGAGCCCCUCGGUCAAGCGCUUGCGCAUGGACACAUGGGUGACAUAAAAAGCUCCAAUGAAGCCUUCAGUCACCAGUCAGUCAGAGAGGGGGAGGGGUUAGACGUGGAGAUAAAAGAGAGAGCAAGGGUCCUUAAAGCUAUCAUUAUGAUACUAUUAUCCAACUCCAUUUCAAUUUGUAAGAUGACUGAGUGGCAAAUGUUAUAAGAUGUGUCAGGACAUAUCUAAAGUAAAUUCUUAAACUGAUACAGUAAGAUUUUUAAAAAAAGACUCACUUAGCUGGACUGAAUUAUUAUGCACAAGCAGUUGGUAUCAGGUACUUGGUGCAAUUCAGAUGGCAUUUGCUGAAGAGAGAUGUUUAAUGGAAAUUGUUAAACAAUAGGCGGUAGAUUAUUGUAGUCACUGGUCUAGUCAGACACUUACAUGUAGUUGCUAUAUUGCUGUUUUGCUCGCAAGUUGCAAUCAAUCAGAGAAAGUUGUGUUGCUUUCAGGCUGAGGACCCUUACAUAUGAUGUUCACUGCAAGAACUAUCUUUUAAAAUCAUGCUGUAACCACACAAUACCUUUAUCUCAAGUGGCCUCUUGUAAGUUAUUGAUUCAGGAGAUACAGAGAAUUAAGACUACACAGGAAAUUGGAUCACACAGUAAAUAAUAACAGUUGAGACUACUUUAAUGGAAAAAAUGAAAAAAUACAGUUUUUUACUGAAGGUAAAAAACAAAAUAGCAACUGAAUUUAUUGCAAUAAUGACAUACUAUUCAUUUUAUAAUUUAAAAGAGUAGGAUAUAUAAAUGUGCAAUUUAGAUAAUGCGAACCUGUCCAGUUGAGCUGGUGAGAAAAUCAACAUGUUCACAUUUGUGUAACAGUUCAUCAGUAACAUAAGCCAAAGCUAUUCUUUUGUGUUGUUUUGUACAGUUGCUACAGUUUCCUUACAAGUCACUCAAAGCACCAUUUCUGUCAUCAGUUUUAUUUUUUAUUGUGCUUUAUUGCAAACAGUGUAAAGUCAUAUAAACCAGAUCUUGAAUCGAUAUCUAAAGCCAUGAACAUUUGCUGUUCUGUUUGUAUAAUUGAUAAUUUGAGCCAAACAUUUUCUUUUGUUAUGUAUAUAGCGACUUUAAUAUAUAUCACCAGGGUGUGAGUACAUACUGUAAGUACUGUACCAACACCGUUUUCAAGAAAAGUAUAUUUUUGUGGAUUUCAGCCAAGUUUACAAGAGUAUACUGUAAAAAGUAGAUCAUUCACUGGUCAAUAUUUGCUAUUUUGUUAAUUUUACUGUAAUCUCAUCUAAAUUGAAUUGAAUUGAAUUUGUUUUUUCUCUCUUUAUUAGUGAUGACCGUUUGUCCUGAAUACAUUGUAAGAGCAACGCUGUGAGGUUGAAGUUCCACUAUUUUCUAACUUGUGAAGGAUGAUCACAAGGCUAGGGGAAAUGAGUGUUUCUUCCCUCCUAUUGUAGUUGUACACCAGCAGCUGCUAAAUGCACUGCCAAAAUUCAACCCUGAGGUCCCAGCCCCACACUGAAGAAUAAUCCAUUGUUAUUGCAUGUAGCUCAACUGUCAUCUCUCAAGUUCUUUCCACUAUCCUGUUAAUGCUUCACUGAUUUAAAGCAGAAGACAAAACGUGGCAGAAGUGGCUGCUGACCUUCAGACAAAACUGAUCAUGCCUGUGCAUACAUAUGUGGUUGUAAAUAUCAGUCCUAAUUAUGUACAAAAUACUUAUGUGUUUCCUGAAUUGGCCCCAGAAAUGAAUUGUAUCUUAUAUCAAUGCCCUAGUACUAGUAAGACUACUUUAGGCUUUGGGAGCCGGAAAAGUGAAAAUCUGAAGGCGUUGAAGAAGGUGUUGCGGCAGUUUUAUCACCACGUGCAGAGACAGGGAGGGAAAAGAAAGGCUGUGACUUGUUUUCUUCUUCAUCAUCACAGGAGCAAAUAAUUCAGCAGCUAAAUCAGAGACACAAUGUCAUCGACCCCAAUCUCACCGCUGGAUUGCACACAUUUAUAUGAGAAGUUUGCUGUACGCGAAAGAUAUCGCUCUGUAUUCACCGGGACGUAUCUUGUGUGUGCUUCUGAGGUUUCUCCGCCCCAUCAUCAGCUCCAUGGUAGUUCUCAAUAUACAACCGUAAGGAUCUAUGCAGUUUUAGCCCCAAUUCACAGCACAUAUGAAGAAUAUGAUGUCAUCAUAGGUCACGUUCAGUCCACAGGGCAUCAGGAAGAAGAGCAUCUGAGGAUUGACUGUUAGCCUCUUAUCCUGUAGUGCCACACCUGGAGUUACAUACAAUACAUAUGAUUAAAUGAUUGAUUUGGAUACCCCGGGGCAAUCUCUUCACGUUCAUAUACAUUGGUAGACAUACUUUACAUAAUAUGUAGUAAUCCAUAAUGUAAUCAAGUUUAACAAAGCAGGUGAAAAUAGCAAUAAUAAAUGGCUACAACAAAAAUAGUCUGCCUGUUUUGGCAGCACCACCUCAUAGUUGAGCACAUACUUUAGCACUUGAUAACACAUCAGGGAGUUUUGUAGUUUGUCGGUCUAUAUGCACAGUUAGGAAAUGCCUUAUCCCUAAGAAAGAUGAUACUUACCAUUUUUAUUUAAUUCUCUCUUAUUUAAAAAGAAGAAAAAAGACAAUGCAGAUAUCACUCAAACGUAACCAGAACUGCCUCUUCUCAGAAAAGACCCACAUAAGAAAAUGCCCGGUGAAUGCACGGCGAUACACUUCACUUUGCUAUUUUGGUCCACGUUGAAAUUGUGCACAACUGAUGAAUGUGAAAGAAAAAGGUUAUCAACCCGGAGAGAACUUUCUUCACUUUGCUGUGUAAAAGGACACUGCUUUGCUUCUUGGCUUUUAUAAACAGAACUAUGUGUUUGGUAAGUGUUUGUAGUUGAUAGUUCACUGAACUAAAGAAGCUGUUUUCGGUUUGGUUGCUCAGACCGUUUGGCGGCACAAGCUGGACUUUGUUGCCAAUAUUGAAAUUAUUUGUUUCAAAAUUGAAAGAAAUUUUAAGUUAACAUUUUCUUUCCCUUGAAUGUGUUAUUUUAUUUUCAUCAUACAAUAAAUAUUCAAGUGAACUUUUUAUUAAACAAUUAAGAUACUAUGCUAGAUAUUGUUGUACAAAAUUUGUAUUCAUCACAAAAGUACAAAUAUUUGCUUUUAAUGUGUAAUUUAGUUUAUCUCUCUUAUUCUGUAUAAAAUGAAGUAAAGAACUCUUACAUAGAAUUUGUUCUCCUGUGAAGUCCCAAACAGUAGAAACUGUCAACUUUAUUAAACACCUCAGUGUAUGCUCAACCUGAA